GUAUAAUAAUAAUUAUCGUUUUUUUAAAUUUAUUUGAAAUGAAAUCUUUCUUCUUUACUACUUCCGUUCAGUACAUAGGAAACGUAGUUUCUACCAUUUUGACUUUCUUUCCCAAGAGGGACUUCUAGGCUCCAUCAUGAGUUCUUUAAAACUACAAAAGAGGCUUGCAGCCUCUGUUAUGCGAUGUGGUAAAAAAAAGGUUUGGUUGGAUCCAAAUGAAAUCAACGAAAUUGCAAAUACAAACUCACGGCAAAGUAUUAGAAAGUUAAUUAAAGAUGGUCUUAUUAUUAAGAAACCUGUUGCUGUCCACUCUAGAGCUCGAGUUCGUAAAAAUACUGAAGCUAGACGUAAAGGACGUCAUUGUGGUUUUGGUAAAAGAAAAGGUACAGCAAAUGCUCGUACACCGCAAAAGGAUUUAUGGAUUCAAAGAAUGCGAGUUCUCCGUAGACUGUUAAAAAAAUAUCGUGAAACGAAAAAGAUUGACAGACAUUUAUAUCAUUCCCUAUAUAUGAAAGCUAAGGGUAAUGUAUUUAAGAAUAAAAGAGUUCUAAUGGAAUUCAUUCAUAAAAAGAAAGCUGAAAAAGCGAGAGCCGAGAUGCUUUCAGAUCAAGCUGAGGCGCGUCGUACUAAAGUUAGAGAAGCGCGUAAGCGUAGAGCAGAGCGAAUUGCUACGAAAAAACAAGAAUUGUUACAAUCUUAUCAACGAGAAGAUGAAGCUGCAGCAGCGCAAAAAAAAUGAUCUAACAAUUUUACAAAUUAUUAUAUAAAUAAAAUCUAAAAAAAAAAUAUUAAUAUUUUUAUUC